CCGCGGAACGUCACAGAUGUCCGUUCGUUCCUUGGCCUUGCUGGCUACUACCAACGUUUUAUCAAGGAAUGUUCGAAGAUCGUGGCGCACAUGACCAAGCUCCAAUGCGAGGAUCGCCCGUUUGACUUCGGAGAGGAUGCGCGGAAAUCAUUUUUGACUCUCAAAACCGCGCUAUUAUCUGCGGAGGACUUGCGCAUAUACGACCCGCUAUUGCCAACGCGCGUCACUACGGAUGCGUCCGACUAUGGCAUUGGUGUCGUCCUCGAGCAACAAGAUGGCGUGGACUGGCACCCGAUCGAGUACUUCAGCAAGAAAGUGUCCGUCGUGCACUCCAUUGAUGAUGCACACAAGAAGGAGCUCCUCGCCUUCGUCCACGCGCUCAAGUGGUGGCGGCACUUCCUCCUUGGUCGAAGUCAAUUCCGAUGGGUAACGAACAACAAUCCGUUGGUCUUUUACAAGACCCAACACACCGUCAAGAGCACCUUCGCCCGAUGGAUAACUUUCAUCGACCAGUUCGACUUCUUUCCCGAUCACAUUCCGGGGAAGUUGAACCGCUUUGUGGAUGCUCUUUCACAGCGUCCGGAUCAUUGUACCAGGGUCUAUUUAACCUUUGAGAUCGAAGACGACCUACGGGAUAGCUUCAUCCGCGGCUACCAAGCCGACCCCGAGUUUCGCGACAAGUACGCGAAUUGCUCCUCUCCUAAUUCGGCGCCUUCUCACUACCGGAUCCAAGAGGGGUACCUGCUUGUCCACACACGGGGGAAGGACCUUCUUUGCAUACCGAGUGACUCUCACUUGCGUACACGGCUUCUUGGUGAGUUCCAGGAUCCUCCCGCCACCGGACACUUUGGAGUCAAUCGCACGAUUGGCCGACUUCGUGAGCGAUUUUGGUGGCCCGGUCUUCUUGGCGACGUCACACGCUAUUGCGAGUUAUGCGAGGUUUGUCGGCGCUGCAAAUCCCGCAACCAUCGUCUGUACGGCGAGUUGCGACCAUUACCAGUCCCCUUGUGCCGAAGGGAAGCGAUUGCCAUGGACAUCACCGGGUCGUUCCCCAAGCACAAGACCGGUGUGGAUGGGAUUCUCACGGUGGUCGACCGACUCACCAAGUUUGCCAUGUUUUUGCCUUGCCGCUAUCAUGCCAAGGCACCGAAGUUGGCCGAGCGGAACAUGACGAUUUUCCUGGGUGACGAGCGCAAGACCCACCCUCAAUGGACGGUUCUCAAGAGGUCGGCGACAUCAUCUCCUAGCGACGCUACGACAACAGGCCAACUGAGUACUUGUUUGGUAGUGCCACAUCAGCAACAGUGCCAUGUCAGCAACAGUGCCACGUCAGCAGUACCACAUCAGCAAGAGUGCCACGUCCGCAGUGCCACGUCAGCAACAGUGCCACGUCAGCAUCAGUGCAAGUACCUACAGGCUGAAGCGGCGGCAGUAGCUGAAAAGCAGCGACUUCAGGCCGAAGCUGACGCAGAUGCCCAGGUCCGCCGCAAGGAGGCCCAGGAUCUGCUACAGCGGCACAAAGCCGCCAGCAUCGAAAAACUCAAGUUCUGGCAUUUUGAACCAUCCGAGAACCACGAAGACGCGACACCGGAAGAGCAGCACAAGGAAUUUCUCGCCAAACUCGUAACCCGGUUGGUUUACACUUGUAAUAACCUGCAGUCUGAGCUGGAGAAUCUCCGACGGGCGGUGCGGAACCACAAGGAUCAGCACGAGGAUGCUACACGGGCACUUGAUUGCCGUGUACAGGACUUGGAGCAAGUUGCACCAAGACCAAAUGCUGGCGAGUCCAGCAGUGCACCCUCUACCCGCCAAUUGGAGGAACGAGUUGACCACGCAGUCACAAUGCUCGGCGACAUCAGCACCUUCGCUGCAACAGCCACCAUCAGCAAGCAGAUGGACACCUUGAAGACUGAGGUUCAGCAACUGCACCAGCUGCCCAACAGGGAUGGCAACACCAGUGCGCAGCACUACAAGAUGCCGACAUUCCGCAUCGAAAAGUUCGAUGAUUAUAUGCAUCAAGACCCGGAUUACUUGCACACUGUAGUACCAGCUCAAUUGAUGGACGUCGGAGUAGAGGUUGUCGACCUUCACGACUACGUUGUGAAGAUCGACCGCGAGUUCAAGACACAACGACCCAUGCAUCACCGAGCUUCUCGACGCCUACGCGACGUGUUCGAAGCCCCGCACGGAGUAGUACCAGAUCGGCCCAUCCGCCACGAGAUCACCCUCGAGGCCGGGGCCAUACCUUUGCGUGGUUGCAUCUACCGCAUGAGCGAGGAAGAGUUAAGUGUGCUACGGGCACAACUUGACGACCUUCUCGAGAAAGGCUGGAUUCGGCCUAGCUCUUCGUCAUACGGUGCCCCCGUUCUCUUUGUCCGGAAGAAGAAGAAGGAUUUGUGGUUGUGCAUCGAUUAUCGCAAGCUCAACGCGCAGACCGUCAUGAACGCCGACCCUCUUCAGCGCAUCGACAACCUCCUCGAACAGCUGGGCGGCGCCAAGUUCUUCUACAAGCUUGACCUCAAAUCGACAUAUAACCAACUCAAGAUCUGGCAGGAGGACCGCUACAAGACCGGGUUUAAGACGCGAUAUGGGCAUUUCGAAUGGCUGGUUAUGCCUUUUGGCCUUACGAAUGCCCCGGCCACAUUCCAAGCGGCUAUGACAACGGAGUUCCGACACAUACUGGAUAGAUUCGUACUCAUCUACCUCGACGACAUCUUGGUGUAUAGUCGGAGUUUGGAUGAGCAUGUGGAACACCUGCACACCGUUUUGGAGCAGCUACGACAAGCCAAGUACAAAGCCAACCGCGACAAAUGUGAAUUCGCGCGGCAAGAGUUGGAGUACUUGGGACAUUAUGUGACGUCGCAAGGCAUCCGCCCGCUUGCGGACAAGAUCGAGGUCAUCCGUGUAUGGCCCGAACCCACCAACACCACGAACGUUCGCUCAUUCAUGGGGUUGGUGAGCUCCUAUCAACGCUUCAUCAUUAGGUACUCAAGGAUUAGCGCACCUAUGACGAGAUUACAAUCGCCAAAGGUGCCAUUCGGUUUUGAUGACGACGCACGUCGGUCAUUCCAAGCACUCAAGACGGCCAUGCUCAUGGCACCCGUCCUUAGCAUCUACGACCCCACCCUGGCAACGAGAGUGACAACUGACGCUUCCGGCUAUGGCAUUGGGGCAGUCUUGGAGCAACACUACGACGACGACAAGCACCCCGUGGAGCAUUUCAGCCACAAAGUGCUUCCCAUCAAUUCACUUGAUGAUGCAAGGAAGAGGGAGCUGCUCGCAUUCGCGAUGGCUCUCAAGCGAUGGCAACACUUCCUCCUUGGGCGUCGUAGGUUCACAUGGGUCACGGACAACAACCCAUUGAUCUACUACAAGACGCAGGAUACGGUGAGCAGCAUGAUCGGACGAUGGAUGUACUUCAUCGACCGAGUUGACUUCACAUCAAAACAUCUCGCCGGCCUCUCCAAUCGCGCAGCAGAUGCACUCUCGUGACGACCCGAUCUUUGCGCUAUGACACAUCAUGCCUUCGCAUUCGACAGGGAACUCCAACGACACUUCAUCCAGGGCUAUGAGUCCGAUCCGGAUUUCGCCACGUUGUAUGCACAGCUAUCUUCGGAUCACCCGCCGGCCAGCCACUAUCGCAUCGUCGACGGGUACUUGCUCCUCCACUCGAGAGGCGAGGACUUAUUGUGUGUCCCACGAGACCGUCGGCUUCGGACUCGCCUUCUCGGUGAAUACCAUGACUCGC